UUUGUGCGGUGAAAACGACAUCAUUUUGGCAGCGCACACAGACAAAGGCGGCAAUAGGAAAGGAAAAGUUGUGGUGGAUCCGGAAAAACGGCCAUAAAGGAAGAGAGAGGUCGGAGGGCCGGAGCAGAAUAAAUUCGUAACUAGUAAUUACUACGGCAUGUGAGGUGGUCGUUGGAGAGCAGUAGGCGGUGGCAUUCAAUUCCAAGCGCGGACUUCCAAUCACGUCGAUCCGCGUAGGUUUUUCCUAUCCGAUAAGAGUGGGCUGCCGCAGCUCAUUUGCCGUGCGUGUUGGUUGGGCCCACCUCCGCCGCGUCCGGAGAGGGGUCCGAGGAAGCGCACGACACGACUACUGCACACGCAGAAUAAGCCCGGGCGACAGAAGCCCAAGUCUGAUCUCUGAACUCCUUGCCGUGCGUGCGUUCUCUGCCCAACCCUCCGUGCGUCCUCUGUUCACGUCGCUCGAAACACUUUCCUACCGAUCGAGAAUCCAUCCGCCUUUGCUCGCUUAUUUCUGACUUUCUGCCAAUCAUUUUUUUUUUUCUUUUUUUUUUUUUUUUGAGAGAAACUUUCUGCCGAUCAAUUUAUUUUGGAUAUAGCUGCAAGUCAUCCUUUCUUAUUCUUCACAUCUCACACCAGCACGGACGCAGAUAAUUAAAGCGUAGCGGUUUUCCUUUUCUUUUACCAUAAGCAGCACGUCAAUUGGCGGCCCCACCACGAAUGGGCAGCGCGGCCCACCCCCAACCUCGCACUAAUUCAACAACAAAUUAAGACCCGUCGUCUUUUUCCUAACCCUGUCGGUGGACCAGCCCCUCCCGCUCCCCUCUUCGGGAGCUCCGCCCGUACAGACCAUAUAAUUCUAAGCCGUGAGUCUUGGAGCGCCCACCCGCCAUGCCGCAGCACAACGCACGGAGGAAGAGGAGCAGGAGCAGGAGCAGCAGGUGCAGGACAUGGGCGACGUCAAGGCCGAGAGCGUCGUCCUCCGCAGUCGCCAUAUAGAGAGGACGAGGGACGCCCAUCCCUCCAAGGCGACGGGGACCACGAGCGGCAGCCGAGCCAAAGCUGCUUCAAUCGACGGCUCUCCCCGCUCCCUCCUAAACGGACGGAGCCAUCAUCAUCAUCAUCAUCAUCACCACACUACUCCUGAUCAUCCCCAGUAUCCUUCUAGCGCCGACCCCCAGCUGUCGUCAGCUGCUCUCGCCAGCAGGAUGACGUUUCUGCCGCCAUCCGAAGAAAUUAAAGCCCACGGCAAAUUUGGGAAAGGGGCGGCAGAGGCGCCCUCUUUAGCUGUUGAAGGGAGCUGCAGGUCCGUGGAGGACGUUGUCGGCAUUAUAAGGCACCAUCCCAUCCCCUUCGCAUUCGGGCUCUCCCUUCUCUUCUUCAUGGGCGUCGAGUACACCCUCCGCAUGGUCCCCUCGUCCUCCCCGCCUCUCGACUUGGGCUUCAUCCUCACGCGCUCGCUCCACACCCUCCUCGCCUCCAGCCCCGCUCUCAAUUCUGCCCUUGCGGCUCUCAACACUGUGUUCGUGGGCAUGCAGGCGACCUACAUAGUGUGGACCUUGCUGGUGGAGGGAAGGCCGCGUCCAACCAUCGCGGCUCUCUUCAUGUUUACAUGCCGAGGAAUACUGGGGUGCUCCACCCAACUCCCGCUGCCACAGGGCUUCUUGGGUUCGGGCGUAGAUUUCCCGGUGGGCAAUGUCUCCUUCUUCCUGUUCUUCUCGGGCCAUGUGGCAGGGUCCAUUAUUGCCUCGCUGGAUAUGAGGCGGAUGAGGCGAUAUGAGAUGGCGUGGGUCUUUGAUGCCCUCAACUUGCUGCAGGGGAUAAGGCUGCUCGCCUCCAGAGGACAUUACACCAUUGACUUAGCCGUCGGGGUCGGUGCCGGUUUCCUCUUUGACAUUCUCGCCGGCAAGUACGAAGAAAGCAAGAAACAUGCCCACUAAUUCGAAGCAUAUGACUAAUGAUUGUUUAGGAAGAGAGUACACCGCGAGCUGAUUCGAUUUCUGCCUGGAGCAUGCCCUGUUUGCUUCCUGACUAUCAGCAUUUUUUUGAAAAUUCCCUUUCUCUUCCAACAGACCCUUACAUUAUAACACAGCUUCCCUCUUAUUAAAUAUUUUUUGCUAUUAUUAUUAUUAUUAUUAUUAUUAUUA